GUGGUGAGAAAGGUGGUGAGGAAGGCGGUGAGAAAGUGGUGAGAAAGUGGUGAGGAAGGCGGUGAGAAAGGCGGUGAGGAAGGAGGUGGUGAGGAAGGAGGCGGUGAGAAAGUGGUGAGGAAGGAGGCGGUGAGAAACGUGGUAAAGAAAGCGAAAAAAGGAGUGUUGCACGUUCAAUAUGAAGAUUAUCUCCUUUACUUGGAAAACUCAACAAUAAGUACGUCACACUGAGCAGCUCUCUUACCAAUUGUCGUGGGAAGCGGAGAGAAAAGCGAGAGAGAUGAGCAAGGACAGUGGUGAGGUCAUUCCUGAGGAGCCAGCCUGCAAGCUGUGUGGCUUCGCAGAAAACAACGCCUUACAAUAUGGGGAGAAAAUCACUGAUCCAGAAAGUGGCAUCACAGUCCAUUACUAUUGCCUGAUUUUUUCAAGUGGCCUAUGUCAGCAGGGAAAUGACUCGGAGGGCUUUUAUGGCUUCCUCCCAGAUGACAUCAUCAAGGAAUUUAAAAGAGCAAGCCGUUUGAAAUGUAUGCUUUGCAAGCAGAAAGGAGCUGCUAUUGGGUGCAAUUUAACAAGUUGCAGAAGAAAAUUCCACCUGCCUUGUGGAAUAAAGCUGCAUUGCCUCUUUCAGUUCCAUGGCACAUUUCCGUCAUUCUGCAAAGAACACCGCCCAAUCCAGCUUGAAAUGAGGGGCCGUGCUGACGUUGAGCCACAGACUUGUGUGCUGUGUCUAGAAGUCAUAGAUGAUCUAUCAUCUUUUGACACUCUGCGCAGUGCUUCCUGUUGCAACACUUUUUUCCACCGCUCCUGCAUACAGCAACAAGCGUUGCACUCGGGAUUGUUCUUCUUUCGCUGUCCCAUCUGUAACAACAAUGAGAAGUUUCAAGCUGAAAUGCUUCGCAUGGGUAUCCACAUCCCUGAGAGGGAUGCAUCGUGGGAGCGUGACGAGAACGCCUUUCAAGAGCUACUGACACAGUACCAGCGCUGUGACAUCAAACGCUGCCAAUGUUCAAUGGGACGGGAUUACAACAAAGCCAACAGUAAGUGGGAGGUGACGCGCUGCGACUGCUGUGGGGCAGCCGGCGCUCAUCUGGCAUGUGCGGGACUGAAAAGUAACCAAACUGACUGGUUCUGCUAUGGAUGUCGUCCGCUCCUGGCGAGGAGUAAAUCGCCGCAAGGCAAGAUUGGAUCUCCAAAACUGCAGCUUUCGUUUCCUUCAUCUCCUCUGGAUCCUGAGAUGGAACGCAGGGAUAAAAGCAGCUUCAGCCCAUCGCACACGAGAAAAGAAGAUGCCGUGCCCCUCUUCAAACAUACGGAUGGCAAACAGGGUGCACAUUCUACUACGCCGCCACAGUCUGCAUACAGACGGGCAAUGGGCAACAAAGAUGCACCAGGAUACCCAGUUUCUAGCCCUGAGGAAUCGAGCCCGUUAGGUGGUAAGGUGAAGAGUAAAUGUGUUAGAGGGCUUCUUGAUCACCAGGUCAAUAGAAUGGUGGGAAAAUCUCAUAAAUGCAAACGUACCAUUAGCCAUUCCUUCACAGAUGUAUUGCCACUUACAAAAAAACAUUCAAAGAGUCACAAAAAAAGUAAGACGAAGCUUACAUAGGGGGCAUGAGAACAACACGGCUCCUCUGGCUCUUGAGAUGGGACAAGCACUCGCUGGCCACGUGGAAUUAAAGAGGUGUAUAGCAUUUGUAUCAUAUGUAAACUAUUGGUAAAGGUGGAAUUUGGUGAUGGUAGGUUGGGUGAUGGGAAUCCUAUUGGAACACAAUUGACCAGUUUGAAGAGCUCAAUGUGCAUAAGCAGUUUUGAAAGUGGAAUACAAAAAAUGUGCAGAUAACAUUUUCAUCUGAAUGGAGCUGCUUGGCAAGCAUACGUUGAUUUGACUAAACAAAUACUCCACCAUAUUGGUUGCAGAGUAAUGAAAACCAUGUUAUUUCCAUUGUACUUGUUAUUUUCUAAGUUCACUGGAGCAGCAACUUGAUAACAUCAAAUGUUUUUUUCAAUGCCAAUACGCAGCUAUUUGGCCUAGAUGUUAAAAACACAUAGCUUCUAAAUGUAUCCCCAUUAUGAGAUAAACAUUUGCGUUUUUUACUAUGUCAGCAAAGACACUGGCUUUAAUCAUCGACAAACCUUAGACAUGUCCUCGACAAUGAUGAAUGUCUCGUUUUGUGUUUUAAUGAAGGGCUGCACAAUGUUCAGAAUGCUAGUUUCAUGUUUUAAGUUAUUACAUCGAUCACUUGUAAUAAUGCCUUGCAUCUGUAUGAGCAAACCAUGUAUGUAUUUUUUCACUUCUUUCACACCAUACGUAGUGAACCGUGUUAAUCGGAAACCAUAACUAGCUCAUUAGAAAAUGCCUGUACUGUACAUUGCUUUACAGUUUUCAUAUGAUUUUACUCAAGGGUAUACCAGACAACAUUUUGGCAUCAUGUUUAACACUUCCAUAUCCCGUAAGUUCUGGAUCGUUUGAAAUGGUGUCCAACUUUAAGCUCCUCACACGGUUUACCUUAGGUGUAAAUCUCUUGGGUCCAUUUUCACAUGCAAAAAAAAUAAACCUUAAUUAUUGCAUCCACCUUUUCAUUCUAUUCCAUUAUUACUCGUAUGCCAAGUUUUACCAUUUAUGAAGCUUUGAGAAAAUCUUCAUGUAAUUAUCGGCUUUGUUCUGUGCUCGUCUUCAAAGUAUACCGAAAGUAUUACCGUUUUCAUUUUAUAUGUAAUGUAUUCAUGUAUGAACCGUAUCCAGCUACACUGAUUAUUCAGAUUUAGCCAAAAAUAACAGUUAAGUAACCACAGGCAAGUGAAAAAGCAUGAUUUGGUGUACCACAAGCCUCAGUGUUGUUUAACAAUCUGCAGGAGCUAGGAUUGUCUAUAAAUAAAAAAAACACAUUUCCACGAUGGUAACUUUUCAUUAUACAUGCCUAAUUAGUGUAAAGCACUCGUGGUUAUAUAUUCACUAGGGUUUGCUGCAUUUAAUACAUGUUUAUCCAUUAUAAAUCACUUCUGUUCACAAACCUUUUUUUUUCACCCAAAAAGUUUUUCCAACAAUCACGUCUUACCAAUCUAUUGAAACAUUUAAUCAAUGACGACUGUCGUCGGUAUUGAAUCUGGUGUCGGGUAUAUUCACCUUCGUUUGCCCCAGCGGGUUGGCAACCAAAAUGACGGAUUUUUUUUUCUCGAAAUUUGGCAAAACUCUAUUUCAAGAGCCGGGAUGGAAUGUGGUGAAUACGGAGAAUGUGGCCCUUGAUAAAUAACGUCGCGAAGCAGUUAUUGGAAGAGUCGCAUGCGGCUAUGUAAUAUUAAUUUAGUAAUCAUCUACACGUGCUUUGUAAAUACAUUACACACGACAUACUCUCAGUACCGCCUUCAUAGUUUUACAUAUUUUUUUACGUCAAGUAGUUGUUUCUUGGGUCAGUGUUUAACUACGUGAUCGUUUUUUAUUUGCUUCGUUCAUUUAUUUGGAUGGUUAAUCUUUCUAUGUUUUUAAUAUUGCCUUUAGCACGCAAUUUAGACAAUGUGUUAGAAUAAUUUUAGAUGUUGCGUGUUCAACCUGAGCGCUAAAUCCGUGGUCGGUUUUGAGUAAACAUCUCGGCAAAUGGAUACGUUGGUCGUGUAACAUUGGGAUAUGCAGUGUUUUGCAUCGUCUUGAAUACGCUAAUAUGUAAUCUUUUGUCUGCAAGCUAGAGACGCGUACUGUGGUAUAUUUGUUGCUGUUAGAUAUGUUAUCUCACUUUAAAUUAACUCUGUGAAAUUUUAUUAGGUGCUGCUUUAAUCACGUGUGUAGCGUAGAUGUAUGUUUUUCACUGUGGUCUAAUGAAAAUAAUACAAAAUAAAGGAUUUGGCGGCACAACUAAA